GCUCAUGUUGUCCUGUUGUUUCUGUCACAGGUCCAGUCCACCCUGCUGCCAUGGCCGAUGAUUUUAAAAGAUUCCUGUACAAGCAGCUGCAAAGUGUUGAAGGUCUUCAUGCCAUUGUGGUGACAGACAGAGACGGUGUCCCAGUUAUUAAAGUUGCUAAUGACAACGCCCCCGUCCAUGCCCUGAGACCGGGUUUCCUGUCCACCUUUGCUCUGGCCACAGACCAAGGCAGCAAGCUGGGCCUGUCUAAGAACAAGAGCAUCAUCUGCUAUUACAACACUUACCAGAUUGUACAGUUCAACCGUCUGCCGCUCGUCAUCAGUUUCAUUGCGAGCAGUAAUGCCAACACAGGUUUGAUCAUGAGUCUGGAGAAAGAACUGGCCCCACUAAUAGAUGAUCUGAGGCAGGUGGUGGAGGUCACAUGAUCCCCAAAAUGCUCCCCCAUUUGGUUGUCUCCAUGUGCAGUGUUCUAUCUAAAUACUGAUUAACCUGUGCGUCAUGUACUGUCUGCUACUGUUGAACUCUUUCUCAUAAACUAUAAACCAACCUCCAAUUCAAAUGAAAUGUUUUCUAUGCUUUGUGUAAAUAUAAUAAAGGUGAAAUA